AAAAAUAAAUAUAUAAUUUUACGAGAAAAGAAUGUGCUAGCUAUAUAAGUAAGAAUCAAUCAUCGAUCGAUAUCUCUGAUUUCAUUGAAACUCGAUUCUUUUUCAGCUCUCAUCAACGAAUCGAAUUCCUUCGCUUCCAUUAACUAAAAUUUCGAGAUGGCGGCUGCUACUUCCUCCUCCCCAAAAUCCGUCCAUGAUUUCACAGUCAAGGACGCGAAGGGAAACGAAGUGGAUCUAAGCAUCUACAAGGGGAAGGUUCUGUUGAUUGUCAACGUUGCUUCUCAGUGUGGCUUGACCAAUUCGAACUAUACUGAGCUUGCGCAGCUCUAUCACAAGUACAAAGAUCAUGGGUUUGAGAUCCUUGCGUUCCCUUGUAACCAGUUCGGGAAUCAAGAACCUGGUUCUAAUGAAGAGAUUGUUCAGUUUGCUUGUACCCGUUUUAAGGCUGAGUACCCCAUUUUCGACAAGGUUGAUGUGAACGGUGACAAGGCUGCUCCAAUCUACAAGUUUCUGAAAUCAAGCAAAGGCGGGCUUUUUGGGAGCGGCAUCAAGUGGAACUUCUCCAAGUUCUUGGUUGACAAAGAUGGAAAUGUCGUGGACCGGUACGCUCCAACCACUUCUCCUCUCAGCAUCGAGAAGGACCUGAAGAAACUGUUGGGAGUUACUGCUUAGGAACAACGAAGAGGGCAUUACUCAUUUGUAGUCAAAAUAAAAAGCUCAUAGUAUUUUGUAUACAGUGGCGGAGGAUUAUAUUUUACCUGGGUCAGAAUUUAUUUAAAAUAAUUAAGUAAUAUAUUUAAAUAAAAUAUGCAUAAAUUUAUAUGAA